AUGACACCCAGCUCAUCCAAGGGUCCAAACAAGGUAAAAAAGAGGCCAAAAGUUAGAGGAUGCUACCAAUGUUCUCGUCGACGCAUAGACUGUGACCGCCAAGAACCGACAUGCGGCAAGUGUGCAUCUAAAGGAAUCACCUGCAGUGGCCUGGGACUGCGGUAUCGUUUUAACGAUGGCAUCGCCGCUCGUGGGAGGUUUGUGGGAAAAACGGUACCUGUCGUUGACUUCUCGAAAGAUAAGAACAAGCCCACUAAAGAGAAGGAGAAGAAAAUCGUUGGCGACGAGUCAGUAGCCGAGGAUACGCAGGAGGAGAGCAGUAUUACUCAAGUCGCCGUUCAGAGGGAGACUCUGUUCCAAAUCGACGGGGGCCUUGAUCACAUUGAUGGCAAGACUCGGUUUUCCCUCCAAUAUUUCUCGAAUCACAUUGCCAAUCUCAUCGCGGUCAUCAACCUAGGCUUCAACGGCUACCGAGACCUCGUCCUCCCACAAGCCGAGAUCGACCCACUUGUACGGAAAGCGAUUGUUGUUAUCGUCGAGCAGCACCUCUCCUUGCAGAACGGCACAACCGUCUCCUUGGAUCCCACGGCAUAUAGCAGCCUUGUGCGGGAUCUCAUUACUAGAUCCCAACGAUGUGCGCCCCAAGAUGAUGAGUCGGCGCUCACUGUGUUGCUUCUACUGCACAUUCGCGAGAUGAUCAGUGGAAGUCCCAACUUUAAACUCGUUUACGGGUCUUUGCGAGUUGUAGUCAAUGCUCUUGGGCAGGGUCUAGAUGAAAUGGCCUCAGAGCUCAGGAAAUUCGUCGAGAUGCAGAUUUUAAGAGUCUGCCUCUUUGGAGAGUCCCUCUUCAACGAGACCAACGGCGCACAAUUCAUCCAAGCACAGCAGCAAGCUUGUCUUGGAUUCAUACCCUGGUGUCUCCAAUUCCAUCCUGAGCUGGAAGGGCUCAUCUUGCAGCUGGCAGACCUGACGACCUGGGCCUGUGAUAUAUAUGUCCAGCGAGCAAUCUUCAACCCCCCAGCAGAAGAGACAGUCCCCAUGAUUGAAAGGUUCAAGCGUGCUAUCGAGGAGGUGGAUGCUUACAUCGACAUUGUCGGGCUACAUCUCCUUGCUUGGCCGUACUUUAUCGUCGCAGCUGAGAGCUCAACAUUAGCCCAUCGAGAUUUCUUCCUUAAGAAACUUGAAUCGUUGUAUAACAUGACUGGCUGUUGGAAUAUCCUCCGGGCUAUUGAUCAGGUCAAGGAGAUUUGGGCAUCUCAGUCUUCGAUCAGGUGGACGAGCAUGCUGGGUGGCCCGACGCAGGCUUUAAUCAUGUAG